GAGAGCGGGACGCGGCCCGCCCCCGGCGCGCUGCGAUUGGCCGCGGGCGCGGUGCGCUGGGUGUCAUUGCCCGGGGGGUCCCAAACAGUGUCAGUGGCGCCGGGAGCCCGGCAGUUGCAGGUGCGUGCCCGGAACGAUGGCGACAGAGUCCCCGCGCCGCCCCAGCCGCUGCACUGGAGGAGUGGUGGUUCGCCCUCAAGCUGCCACGGAACAGUCCUACAUGGAAAGUGUUGUCACCUUCCUCCAAGAUGUUGUGCCACAGGCCUACAGUGGAACCCCACCAGAAGAAAAAGAGAAAAUUGUCUGGGUCAGAUUUGAAAAUGCAGAUUUAAAUGAUACCUCCAGGAAUAUGGAAUUCCAUGAGAUCCACAGCACUGGGAACGAGCCCCCGCUGCUGCUGCUGCUGGGCUACAGCGAUGGGAUGCAAGUCUGGAGCAUUCCUAUCAGUGGGGAGGCUCAGGAGCUGUUCUCGGUGCGCCACGGGCCGGUGCGAGCCGCUCGGAUCCUGCCAGCUCCUCAGAUCAGUGCUCAGAAAUGUGAUAAUUUUGCUGAGAAGAGGCCUCUGCUUGGUGUGUGCAAAAGCAUUGGAUCUUCUGGCACCAGCCCACCGUACUGCUGUGUGGAUCUGUAUUCCCUGAGAACAGGAGAGAUGGUCAAGUCCAUCCAGUUCAAAACUCCUAUUUAUGACCUGCAUUGCAAUAAAAGGAUCCUCGUUGUGGUCCUGCAGGAGAAAAUCGCCGCCUUUGACAGCUGCACUUUCACCAAAAAAUUCUUCGUUACCAGCUGCUAUCCUUGUCCAGGGCCAAACAUGAAUCCUAUUGCUCUUGGAAGCCGUUGGCUUGCUUAUGCAGAAAAUAAGCUGAUCCGAUGCCAUCAGUCCCGUGGUGGAGCCUGUGGAGACAACAUUCAGUCUUACACUGCCACAGUCAUUAGUGCUGCCAAAACAAUAAAGACUGGGCUGACAAUGGUGGGGAAGGUGGUGACACAGCUGACGGGGACGCUGCCGUCGGGAGCCACCGAGGAGGAAAUCCUGGCUCACAGCAACCUCCGCAGGAGUCCCCUGGUGCCUGGGAUUGUCACCAUCAUCGACACCGAGACGGUGGCAGAGGGACAGGUCCUGGUGAGCGAGGACUCGGACAGCGAUGGCAUCGUGGCCCACUUCCCUGCUCAUGAGAAGCCCAUUUGCUGCAUGGCCUUUAACCCCAGUGGGAUGUUGCUGGUCACCACUGACACAUUAGGCCAUGAUUUCCAUGUUUUCCAAAUCCUGACACAUCCUUGGUCAUCAUCACAAAGUGCCGUCCAUCACUUGUACACACUUCACAGGGGAGAGACCGAAGCCAAAGUACAGGAUAUCUCCUUCAGCCACGACUGCCGCUGGGUGGUGGUCAGCACACUCCGAGGCACUUCCCACGUUUUCCCCAUCAAUCCCUACGGAGGCCAGCCCUGUGUCAGGACUCACAUGUCCCCACGGGUGGUCAAUCGCAUGAGCCGCUUCCAGAAGAGCGCGGGGCUGGAGGAGAUCGAGCAGGAGCUGACGUCGAAGCAGGGCGGACGCUGCAGCCCCGUGCCCGGCCUGUCCAGCAGCCCCUCUGGCUCACCUCUCCAUGGUAAACUGAACAGCCAAGACACUUACAAUAACUUCACAAACAACAAUCCCGGGAAUCCUCGGCUCCUGCCUCUCCCAAGCCUGACUGUGGUGUUGCCUCUUGCUCAAAUCAAGCAGCCAAUGACGUUAGGGACCAUCACCAAACGCACAGGACCUUACCUGUUUGGAGCAGGAUGUUUUUCCAUAAAAGCUCCUUGCAAAUCCAAACCAGCUCCACAGAUUUCACCCAGUAAGUCCGUGGGAGGGGAGUUUUGUGUUGCUGCAGUCUUUGGAGCUUCAAGGUCGUGGUUUGCAAACAAUUCUGGUCUCAAACGAGAAAAAGACCAGUCCAAGCAGUUCGUGGUGGAGUCGCUGUACAUCAUCAGCUGCUACGGGAGCCUGGUGGAGCACGUCCUGGAGCCGCGGCCGCUCAGCACCGCGCCCAAGAUCAGCGACGACACCCCCCUGGAGAUGGUCACCUGCCCCAGGGCCAGCUGGACUUUGGUUAGAACUCCUCAGUGGAAUGAACUCCAACCACCAUUUAAUGCAAACCAUCCUCUGCUCCUGGCUGCAGAUGCUGUGCAGUACUACCAGUAUCUUCUGGCUGGCUUGGUGCCUCCAGGGAGUCCUGGGCCCAUCACCCGGCACGAGUCCUACGACAGCUUGGCCUCUGACCACAGCGGGCAGGAGGAUGAGGAGUGGCUGUCCCAGGUGGAAAUUGUGACCCACACUGGGCCUCAUCGACGGCUGUGGAUGGGCCCUCAGUUCCAGUUCAAGACCAUCCACCCCUCAGGCCAAACCACCGUCAUCUCCUCCAGCUCCUCCGUGCUGCAGUCGCACGGGCCCAGCGACACCCCGCAGCCCCUCCUGGACUUUGACACAGAUGAUCUCGAUCUCAACAGCCUCAGGAUCCAGCCCGUGCGCUCGGAGCCCGUCAGCAUGCCGGGGUCACCGCGGCCCGCGGCCGACCGGCGCGGCGUCUCCACGGUCAUCGAUGCCACUUCAGUCCACCUCUUCAACUAUUCUCAUUUCCUGCUCUUCCCACGGCGUCCCUUACACAGCUGAUGUUCUUUAUGGAAAAGACAUUUUUAGGUUUGAAGGAUUUUUAAGUAGGUCAUAAAUUCUUCCUGCCUGAGCUGAACCAGGAAGUGAUUGUCCAGCUCUGCCCCUGCACUGGAGCCUGUUGCACUUUCUGAAGAUGCUUAUCUGGAGCUCUGAUUGCCUGUUGCUGGGAGAUGCAACCGGUGUGGCGCCUCUGCUUAUCUGACUCAUCACUUCUCCUUCCUAGCAGAAGACUUCAAGUACACGUUUAUCAUCUCCAUUAUCCUCCUGCCAUUCCCAACAGCCUCCUUCCCUCUCCCCCAUUGGUGACAAUUCUGUUGUUGCAUUUAUUAAGCAGUUGGUAUGUUUGGUUUUUUUUUUUAAGCAUGUUUUUUUCCUCAUGUGUCUGUAAAACUCUGGUGUGCUAAGGACAAUCUCAUAGGAUCACUUGGAAAAAGUCUUCAUUUAAAGAGUGCAAAACUCUAAUGCUGUUACCAGUAAUGAAAAUUUACAGUGGCAUUCUCAAGGUGGAUGGCUGAAUCUGUAAGGAUUACUUGGAUAUGUUUUAAGAAUGCAUAUUACAAUACGGUUCUCUCAACUCAAAAUUCUGCUAAGACACUCUUCUCUGGUUUAUUUUUUCAAGAAAAGUUUGCAAAAAUUCAGUCACCUAAAUCUACUGGACACUUGUCCCUCAGUGCACAUAUUUGAGUCUCAUGCAUCACAGAGAGAACAUACCCUCAAGGAUUAAAUGCACUGGAAUUCCAGAUGCUGCUCCAGAUUGGCAGCUGGAGAUGUUAAAGGGGGACAGCAGUGAGUUUAAAUCUUUGGAAAGCAGGAAACCUUUGGUGCUAAUGCAGCAGCAGAGCCACUGCCCAGGUAGGAGCUGCUCACUGUGUGCAGCAAGCAGAGGGUGUCUGUCCCUCCUCCUCGAGGGUGUGCUCAGGCUCCGGGCUUGGCUUUGGCACAGGUGGGUUAAGCCUUAGUAAGUCAGGUUCUGUUGAUGAGCCCAGAAAUGAAAGAGAAACCUUGAAGAGUCCUCCUGUGUGCAGGUGAAGGUCACACUCUACACACCCACCCCACCCAGGCACCUCUCUGAAUUUUCAUUCUGUAAGCUGUGGAGGAAUGACAUACAUCUUAUGUGUUACAUAUCUGAGCAAGCAAACCUGCUGGGGCUCUCUGAAUAAUGAAUCACACAGAAAUGAGGGGUGUAGGCAGGUUAGGAUAUCUGUACAGUCAGCUCUGAGCUUCCCGAGCUAGAAGAGCUCCAGGGAAGGGAUUUUGCAGCAGUUGCUGGUCAGUGAGUGUGCCCACAGCUGCACUGAGUGUUUCCCUUCAGCUGCACCCCAGGUGUGGGCUCAGGUCCUCAGGUGUGCUCAGUGACUCAGUCCUGCUCAUUUAGGAGAAGUGGCUGCAUCUGUGUGUCUGUCUAUGGAAAGCCUUGUUUGUUCCCUCACACAAAGAGCUUUUGGACACUUACCAUCAGCCAAGUAAUGAUUUGGUUGCAUUGCUAGUGGAGAAUGAGAACAUUGACAGAGGAAUUGUCUCAUCUCUUUUUUUGCAUCUACCUCUUCCUUUCCUGCUGGGAGGAGAUCACAGAAUAGAAUCAUAAAUCUGUUUGUUUCUUGCCUAGAAUAAAUGCAGAAAUUGAGUGGGAAGGAUUUCGGUGAAUGGCAUUAUUUAAUGAAUAAAAUUAAUUCGUAGAAGAAAAAGAUCCUGAGGAUUCUUUUCCUCAUUAAUUGUGUGUGGGGUGGAGGGAACCUUAAUGUUCUCAACUGAAACCUGGUGAGUGCUGUGCUGCAGGGGGAUGCACACAUCAUUUUUUAAUGAAGAUUGUUUAUUACUGUUGUAUGAAACUCUGACAAUGCUAAGCUCUCUUCUGGUUACUUCAAUCAAUGCUCACUUAAAAUCAGCGUGUAAUUUAGUACUUCCCUCUCUUUUGUGUGUGACGGGCUGGUCACGGACAGAGAGUUCUGCCUGCAGAGGGUUUAAUGGACAGAAGAACUGACUGGGGCUUUGUGGGGGAGGGAGUUGUCCUUUUAUUGUUCAUCACCACACCUGUGAGGCAGAGACCACGGGACAAAUUUUUACUGUCCAGCAAUGCUCUCACUUGGAAUUUAAUAAACGCUUGUGCUGUCACACCUUAAACCAUCUGAGCUCCUUUCUGUUGUAUGCACGAUCAAAUAUUUAUUCCCAAACGCUGUACAGCACAAAGUGCUGCCUGGGAGCAGGGCAGAUCAGUUAUUCAGGUAGUAAAGAUGUGUGAAUGCAGCUGGCAGAUGAAGUCACCACCAUUGUGAAUUCCCAGGCUGUCCCUGCUGCCACAGGCAAUAAAUGCCAGGCUGAGCUCGGGUGUCAGAGCUGCUCCAGUGGAGGCAGCCAGGGCUGCAGGGCCAUGAAAUCCAUCCGGGCUGCAGUCCUUGACCUGAACCUGUAAUUACCUGCCUGGGAUAAAGGUGGUUUGUUGUGGCAGAUAGAGAUUGCAGAGGAUAAUGCUGGGCUUUGAAGGCAGGGAAGGGGUUUGGCCCCUUGGCUGUUCUUCGCAGUAAUUGAGAGGUUUUAAUAAUGGGCAGAGAACAAGCUGCUCUUGGGGGCAUCACCUGUUCAGUAACACAAAAAAAACAACCCAGCACUGCUUGGUUUGUAGUUACUCGUCCUGUCAGCCUAAAUUUACAUGAGUUUAAGUAAUGUUUUUUUCCUGGAAUAACUUCUGUGCUGAUCCUGUUAAUGUAUCUAUUUUAAAUGUUUAUUAUGUUACCUAUUUGCAUAACAUUUAAUGCAUUAUUCCCUGACUGGUGACAGCAUGCAGGAUAUCUCAGGUAUCUUUGUUUCCUCACGUGUGCUCCUGCUCUCUCCAUCCAGCUCAUCUUCCUUGCUAAGUGUGUGUGUGCAUGAGCUGCAGAAUGAAAAAUUCUGGUACUUGGAAUGUCUUCGACUUGAUUUAUUUCAUCUAAUUUGAGAAAAUGUUAGCUGAUUAUUUCUGAAGAGAGCCUUAAGACAGAACUGACUCCACCAGGCUCCAAGAUGCCAGUGCAGUGUACAUGAUUGCAUCUGCAAACAGCUAUGCCCUAUAGACUGGGGAGAUGUGAGGAGAAAUUGAAGUGACCUGACACUACUGAGGGGGCACUUGCUGCUGGAUCACUGCCUGGACUGGGAAAAGACUCAGCUGCAGGGACACAUGGAGUAGCAUUAAUGUCUUCAAACACUGGUGGGUGUUUUCUGGAGGCAGAAGUACACUGGAGAGGACAGGCAUGGGAGCAGUGAGUGAAAGGCAGCAGAAUCAUUAGAUGCUGAUUUAAUUUUCCACCCUGUGAUGACUGUGGGUGGUUUAGUCAGCUCUGGAAGUGGCAGCUCACUCCCCACAGCACAACGUGGUGAUGUGGGGUAGCUUUGCCCUGCAAGGGACAGAGGAGACUGCUCAUCCCAGUGUGCCUGUGGUACAGCUGAGCAGUGUGAUAGUGAUUGAAGCAGUUAGUCUCUUCUGAGAUGGUUGUAUUUCAAACCAAGCCUCUAUCAGCUUAAAAAGCUGCUGCUGCAUGCAUCUGAUCUCAGUGGGGCAAGUGCAAAUCAAAAAUCAGCAAUUUCUAGGCCCUGCUGCGUUGGGUGGAAUUUGACUUGAAGCAGUUGAGGUUCCUGGAGGUGCUGCUCUCCUUGUUCACCUCUGACAGGUGAUUUUUGGCCCAGCAGUUGCUCUGUUAUGUCGCAGCUCCCUGAGUGAACUGUGACCUCCCCAGCGUGGCAGCCAAAUCCAGGGGAAUGGGGUUUUUCUUCCCCCAGGAAGAUAAGUUGCAGUGGGGCCCCCAGGGGCCCUGAUAAUGGUCACUGGCACAGUGCUGCUGCUCCCAGACAGCUGUUCCUGUGUCACACAACCUGCCUGACUCGUGUUCAGGGCUCCAUUAGUGCAGCCUGUGCAGUGUCUCACUGCUCACGUGUGAGCCACUAGCUUCCAGUUGGGGAAGGCACCUUCAGUUCACAUCAGCUGAACAAUUGCACUGGGCUCGAGCAUGGUGUAAGCACAGAAAUGCCAUGGGUUUAUUUAGGAGGGGAAAAAAUAACCUUGUUAUGCUGGGUAUUUAGUGCUAGUUAACAAAAACUCAUUAUUAAUACGAGAUUCUUAUGUGCCCCUUAAUUAUCUUUCAUUAGCAGCUGUUAAUGCUGUGUGUAGGUAGCUUUAAAGCUCUGAAUAAGUGGGAAGUGUUGAUUCUAAUCAUAUCUGACACCACAAUCUUCUGUGGAGCAACACAUGAGCUGAGAUUCCCGAUGGGCUCCUGUAGGAUACAAUAUUUAUUAUAGCUGGAGAUCUAAGAGCUCCCAGCUACUGUUAAACUUACAAGAGAUCCAGAAACCUCAGUGUCUGUACUUGUGUUUUGAGAGAUUGCACAGAAAUAACACACCACUGGUAUUUGCAGCCAGUGUGUGCACUGACAUUUCUGCUCUUUCCCUUUGCUGCUUAAAGGAAGCAUUUUGCAAAUCUUUAUAUUUUUAUAAGCUUGUAACAUAUUCUAAGCUCAUCUAAUAAUCUAGACUGCUUGAAAUGGCCUUAAAAUGGAUGUGCAAAUGAAAAGAGUAUUUGCAUUUUGGAGUGAGUAUUGUUUCAGGGGAAGCUCUAUUUGUAAUCAGUUUAUAAUAGAGACAUUUUUAUUCAGUGAUUUCAUUAAUUAGGCUUUAUCUUUCAAAGUAUUUGCUCACCAUUUCCCCUGUUUGCUUUGAAAACAUCUAAAUAGGCCUCUUUGUUUCUUGUUGCCACUUUGGCCUGCAGUCUGUGUUAGAUGUGAAUGGUUUCAGCCAGCAGGAUUCUGGUUCUGAUCCUCUUGAGAUCCUCCAGCUUGUCCUCCCCUCUUUUCAGGAGGUGUUCCAGAACAUCAGCCCUUGUCCUCAGGGCUCUGCAGACUCUUCCUUUUGUCUUUCAUCUUCCUCCUGCUAUAAUUUUUAAUAUAAUAUCAGCAUAAGCACUUUUUUUCACCACUAUUAAUCCAAAAGAAGCAUGUUUUAGCAGUUGUCCAUUAGAGUGGGAUAAGGAUGAGUGAGCAGAAGUGUGGAUUUGGGGAUGUGACACAUAAAACUGAGCUGUUUGGCAUGAUGAAUUAGCCAGGCAUUUCAUCCACUCAAAGGUGGAGUUUAAUACCUUGAGGGUGUUCCAGUCACAGCCUCCUCGCCCUGGCUACUCACUGGAGUAAAGAUGUUCUCUGCUGGGAAUAAAUAUUUAUAUCUAAGUUGAAAUACAGCCUGUUGGUGCUUACUUGUGUAUAUAUUUUAUUGCCUCGGUGACGUAAGGGGUAAAGAAACAGAUGGAAAAUAUUUUGUUUUCCUUAAUUAUCCACCACUGUGGGAUACCCAUUGGCUCGGAGCUGUGGCUCCUCCCCUGCCUUGGACUCCAUCCCUGGCAUCACCCCAGCCAGAUUUUAAUAGUUCUUUAUCUGCUGCUUGCACUGCUUUUAACUUUCACUUUUUAUUACAACCCGGGCUAAAUUGGGUGCUGGUUACUGCUCCAGCUCUGGCUGCAGAGCUCUGAAAAGCCAAAGCUGGUGCCAGCAAGUGGCUGCUGCAGAGCACGGGGUGAAAGGAGCCCCUGAUUGUCACCAUCCUCCUCCUCAGCUGCUCUGGUGUGCCAGGAGAGUCCUGGAGGUCCCAGCCUGCAGCUGUGGGGCUUUUAUUCCUGCUUGGAGCAGCCCACCUGGGACUCUCCUCCUUCCAAAGGGAACAUGGAGCCUCUGAGGGAGGAUGUGAAGCCCUCGGGGUUAAACCUGCUGCUGCUCCCCUUGUGGAGGUGAGAACAAGCAGGGCACAGUCAGCAAGGACAGAAAACAAGUUUGGGGUUAUGGCAUCAUUGUCCUGGGAUCUCUCCAGGUGAGACGUGGUCCCUGAGCCCUGGUGCCCCGAGGCUCUGCUCCGUGCAGGCCUGGAAGAUGGAGCAAGGGAAAAGCAGAAGGUGCUGAUAUGAAGAACAUCUGGUUUUUGCUGGAGUUUGGCCACAGAUUUAAGGCCUCAGAGUGGAUUCCUGGGGCCUUCGUAUCCUAUCCCAAAACCAACACACGAGCCUUUCCAAAUACAUUUUAUAAGCUCUGUGAUUGUAAUAGUCCUAUCAAAAAUCCCGUGUCCCCGGGUGAGCUGGGCUGCAGAGCAUCCUCUCCUGCAAUGCCAGGCGUGCCAAGCCUGAGCCUUUCUUCCCUGGCGCUUCCCUGCGGCAGCGGCGGGCAGCCCUUGUGCCUGCUGUGGAGCAGCCUGGGGCCGUGGCACAGCUGCCUUCCCUGGAGCUCACAUCUGCUCAGGAGCAGCCCCGUGGCCCAGCUGCCCUGGCUCCCCUCAGCCCACCUGGCCUGCAGCAGAGCUGCUGCGUUUGUGAGCCUUUGGCACAGCUUGGAGGAGCGGGAGUUUCGGGAGCUGGCUCUGCCAUCCCUUUUGUGCUGCCUUUCCUCGGUGCUGUUGGUGUCAGAAGUGACACAUUCGUAGCAUCUUUCAAAUUUGGGACACUGCAAAGAAUCCUGACUAUCCACUCCAGAAAAGUCCUACCUACCUAAUUUUACCUUGAUGCAAAAAAGCAGAAGCCACUGCUGCAGUCAGGAUCUUGCUAGCUCCUUGCAGUUCCCAUUAAUUGGGAUUUUCACCUCUGUUAUUUACAGCAGGAAUGCUGAGCAAACCACUCUACUUUUUGCCCAUCACUUAAAAUAUGGUUCAAAAAUAAGGAUGAUUUUACUUGUGAGUGAAUGUAAGAUGUGGUAAAUGGCUGUAGAUCAUCUGCAAAGUUUUUGUGGAUUUUUAACAAGCAGAAAGUCGCUGUGAAAGAAUUUGGAGAAGCAAAAAGUGCUCUGGUAGUCUUUUGGUUUUGGUGUUUGUAUUUAAACUCUAGGAAAAAAAACCCAAAUAAAAGCAAACCGACACUCAGUAUGCAGUGAAAUGCUUACAGGGAGCUACAUUUUAGCACUGAAGUUAGAUAAAAAAUUCACUGUAUUGUAAGUGAACCAUUUCCUCCUUGAUUUGUGUCCAAAAUAUGAGGAGAAAUCUUGCAGCUGCAUGAUGCAUUUUACAAAAGAACAUAUGCAUGCAUUUAAAUCAUUUACAUUUCAUCUUUGCUUUCUCUUAUUUUUAACCCAUAUUAUGGUGAGUGACAGCGUGUUUGGAAAACUGAGGUUGAAAGCAAAGUUUAAACUUUGAUGCCCAGUAAGCUGAACUGCCAGCAGUGCUUCACUAUUUCAUGAUUUAAUUUCAAAGUUUGGCUCACGCUUUUUUCCUUUCUCUCCAAUGGAACGUGAUUGAAACUUUGUGAAUCUGCCUGACCAAAAAAAAUUAAAAAAAUAAAUUAUACUGCAGAUGGUUUGUGCUCGUCCUGCAGUUCCUGCAGAGGAAGGUGCAUCCUGGGAGGAUGCAGAGCUUAGAGGUGUUCUGGGUCUGGGCUCAGUGAGAUUAUUAACUGGUGAUUAUUAGGUGGUAUCAAAUAUUCCCCAUGCUAUAGAAGGUUUUUGGGGCUCAGGAGGGGAAGGUGGAGGGGCACCAGCUCUGCCUGAUGUCCAUUUCCAGCAGUGCUCUGUUCACUCAGAGCUGGUCCCCCCCUGCAGCAGGAGUGCCAGGGAGUGUGGCCUGGGGGUGACGUUCUGUUCAGUGCCAGCGGCGGCAGCGCUCCCCCUCUGCUGUGCACGGACAAUGAAACCCAGCUCCACUGGCCCGGGGCUGGCCUUUGGACAACCCUGCAGGGAGGGACUGUGCAGGGCCAGCGCCCGCCCGGGACACGGCUCUGGGGACACGGAGCUGCCACGGGGACAGGUGAGGGCUGCCCCUUUGCCAGGGGACAGAGAGCUGCCACAGGGGACAGGUGAGGGCUGCUCCUUUGCCAGGGGACAGAGAGCUGCCACAGGGGACAGGUGAGGGCUGCCCCUUUGCCAGGGGACAGGGAGCUGGCACAGGGGACAGGUGAGGGCUGCCCCUUUGCCAAGGGACAGGGCACAGGGACAGGUGAGGGCUGCCCCUUUGCCAGGGGACAGGUGAGGGCUGCUCCUUUGCCAGGGGACAGGGAGCUGGCACGGGGACAGGUGAGGGCUGCCCCUUUGCCAGGGGACAGGGAGCUGGCACAG